UUAUUUCCUCUCUGCCGAGUGUCUUCCGCGCGCUGCAACUGUGCCAUGCUCGAGCUCCAGCAGUAGCAGGCUCCUUCCCCCCCACGUCUUCAUCACCCCGUGGGGAGACCCCCCCUCCCUCUUCAUAUUUUCCGCGAUCUCCUCCGUCGCUUUGUUUUUAACCCGGCCGCACCAGGCUCCUUUAUUUAAUUUCUUCGGACAUGCCUAACAUCGUGCUUUUCAGCGGGAGCUCCCAUCACGACCUGUCCCAGAAAGUGGCCGAUCGCCUCGGGCUGGAGCUGGGGAAGGUGAUCACCAAAAAGUUCAGCAACCAGGAGACAUGCGUGGAAAUCGGGGAGAGCGUCCGCGGCGAGGACGUCUACAUCAUCCAGAGCGGCUGCGGCGAAAUCAACGACAACCUGAUGGAGCUGCUGAUAAUGAUCAACGCCUGCAAGAUCGCCUCGUCGUCCCGCGUGACCGCCGUCAUCCCCUGCUUCCCGUACGCCCGGCAGGACAAGAAGGAUAAGAGCCGAGCCCCCAUCUCGGCCAAGCUGGUGGCCAACAUGCUGUCUGUGGCCGGCGCCGACCACAUCAUCACCAUGGACCUCCACGCCUCGCAGAUCCAGGGAUUCUUUGACAUCGCGGUGGACAACCUGUACGCUGAGCCCGCUGUCCUGCAGUGGGUCAAAGAGAACAUUCCUGAGUGGAAGGACUGCAUCAUCGUGUCCCCAGAUGCCGGCGGAGCAAAGCGCGUGACGUCCAUCGCCGACCGCCUCAACGUGGACUUCGCCCUCAUCCACAAGGAGAGGAAGAAGGCCAACGAAGUGGACCGCAUGGUGCUGGUCGGCGACGUGAAGGACCGCGUGGCCAUCAUGGUGGACGACAUGGCGGACACGUGCGGCACCAUCUGCCACGCCGCCGACAAGUUGAUCGACGCCGGCGCCACCAAGGUCUACGCCAUCCUCACGCACGGGAUCUUCUCGGGGCCGGCCAUCUCCCGCAUCAACAACGCGCCGUUCGAGGCGGUGGUGGUGACCAACACCAUCCCGCAGGAGGAGAAGAUGAAGGCGUGCCCAAAAAUACAGGUCAUCGACAUCUCCAUGAUCCUGGCCGAGGCCAUCAGGAGGACCCACAACGGCGAGUCGGUGUCGUACCUCUUCAGCCACGUGCCUCUGUGAGGAAGAACAACCCCGCCGCCUCAUCAUCCUCCUCCUCCCACCAGACCACUCGGUCGGCACUUUCUGGCCUCUCACGUCCGGCAGCGAGGCUCCAGGCGGCCGUGACGCGUUCAGCAGACAAGACCAAGUUUGGAUUCAUGACUUCACUCUGUUUCCUGUUAGUUUCCUCCUUUAUCUGCAGCAGGGACCACCCCCCCCCCCCCCCCCCGCCCCCCGCUUUAACCACGUGGUCCAUCACACCAUUUCAUUCAUGUCUUAGUUUUACCUCUUUUUAAAGCCAGCUUUACUCAUGCCUUCCUCUCUGUUGUAUCAUGAAAACGUUUUAGGCAGCGUUUGCUUUAGCGCCUCCUGGUGGUGUCUCAGUUUUCAUUUUAUUUUUUCAUUUUAUUUUAUUUUUUUCAGCCUCACCAAACGUUGCUGUCAUGACUUUGCAUGACUUCCCCUCUGAUCUAAUCCUUUCUAAUUGUACUAAAAUUGUUCCUAAGACUAACCCAGGGGUUGUUGGCAGGUGCUUGGCCUGCUCUCUCUCCUACAAAUAAAAGGUCAUGAGAAGUGAUGGAGUCCAAAGCUUUUGUCGUUUUUACCUUUAUUAUUAUUAUUAUUAUUUCUUUUUUUUCCUUUUUCGUAGUGUUUAGAAUCCAGGCCCAAUUUGUUUGUAAAGCGGUGUCAUUAAACCAGCUGUAAUGGGUCAUUUUUGUUCAGUAAAGGCAGGUUUCACAGUGUGCCUGAAAGUGGCUUUAAAGGUGAUUAAAACAAAGAAAUGUGAUGAUUACUAUUUUUUUUUUUUUAUGUGCCACGGUAAAAGCUGUUUCUUUUUAAUAAUAAAGAUCUGAAAAUUGCAAACCGA